AUGGACGACGCCGGUAAUAUACUCAUCAGACGCUACUCUAAGAGUAGUGUGUUUGUCAAGAGUACAGCAGCUACUGCCAACGAGGAGACAGCUAUAGGACAGGACAUAUUAAAGUUGCCUGGCUAUUCGCUGGAACAGGAGAAGAUAUUCAAGCUGUUCGAUAUGAAGAAAUUCCAGUCAAAUGUAAACCGUGAGCUGAGACGCGCGUACCCAGAUCGUAGAAGGCUGGAAACGCAGUGCCUGAGCGCUGUUGCAUUCGUGAAGAGUGACGGAGAUCUGCUGGACUGUCCCAUAUGGGUGCUGGUCAUCAACGUAGUCGCUAUGGAUAUGCUCAAAUCAAAGUUGCCCCCAGAUACACGGAGCAUCAUUAGGCUUGACAAUGGAGACGAAGCGAUUUCACACCGCCUAAGGCACCACAAUGGCAUAGAAAACGAGCGAGAUCAGUGGAAAAAUCACAAAACCAGCGCCAAAGCGAGACAUGGACGCACAAUACGCGUCAUACCAAAUAAAUUGCCUAACACCAAGCAAAGGGACGGAGAAAUAUCGCCACACUGA